UUGAAACCCAAAAGAAAAAACAGAAUUUAUUCCCAUGUGAAAAGGUUUUCUUGUUUGGUUUUUCUUUCUCUGGAAGGAACAUGGCAGGAAAGAACACACGUUAUAUUCAGGUUGACUUUUCUUUGAGAGGAACUUGGUAAGAAAGAGCACAUGAUGUAUAAAAUGAGAGAAAAGCAAGAGCAUGAGCGUUCGUGAUCACACACAGAAGAUCGAUCUGGUAGAAACGAUGAAGGAACUAUGGGCACAAAUGGGGUCACUAAUGGCCACUAUUGUGUUCAUGUACACAAUCUUUGAGCGCUUCUUCCCUCCACACUUGCGUGAAAAACUUCAAGCCUAUACUCAAAAACUCACCAACCAUUUCAACCCUUACAUCCAAAUAAGCUUCCCUGAGUUCUCAGGGGAACGACUGAAGAAGAGUGAAGCAUACACAGCCAUCCAAACCUACCUGAGUGCAAACUCAUCCCAGAGAGCCAAAAGGCUCAAAGCUGAAGUUGUGAAUGAUAGCCAAACCCCUCUUGUCCUCAGCAUGGAUGACAACGAAGAGAUAACUGACGAGUUUCAUGGCAUCAAACUAUGGUGGAGUGCAAACAAAGUAAGCAACAAUCCACAAAGAUACAACCCUUUUUCUUAUUACGGUUCCUCAGACGAGAAAAGGUUCUACAAGCUAACAUUCCAUAAGCGCCACCGUGAUAUUGUCACCAUGUCUUACAUAAAGCAUGUUUUGGAUGAGGGAAAGGAUAUUGAGAUGAGAAACAGACAGUUGAAGCUUUACACCAACAAUCCUAGUAGUGGUUGGUAUGGUUACAAGCAAUCAAAGUGGAGCCACAUUGUGUUUGAGCACCCUGCCACUUUUGAAACACUCGCUAUGGAUCGGAGAAAGAAGGAGGAUAUACUUAAAGACCUUGUGAAGUUUAAGAAGGGAAAGGAUUAUUAUGCAAAGAUAGGUAAAGCUUGGAAGCGUGGCUAUCUUUUGUACGGUCCUCCGGGGACUGGUAAGUCUACCAUGAUUGCUGCUAUUGCUAAUUUCAUGAACUAUGAUGUGUAUGAUCUUGAGUUAACCGCGGUGAAGGACAACACUGAGCUAAGGAAGCUGUUGAUUGAGACUCCGAGUAAGUCUAUCACGGUGAUUGAGGACAUUGAUUGCUCACUCGAUCUUACCGGCCAGAGGAAGAAGAAAAAGGAAGAGAAUGAGGAUGAAGAACAAAAAGAUCCUAUGAGGAGAAAUGAGGAGGAGAGUAGCAAGAGUAGUAAGGUGACUCUGUCUGGGUUGUUGAAUUUUAUAGAUGGGAUUUGGUCUGCUUGUGGAGGUGAGAGGAUCAUUGUUUUCACGACGAAUUAUGUGGAGAAACUUGACCCUGCUUUGAUUAGGAGAGGGAGGAUGGAUAAGCACAUAGAGAUGUCUUAUUGUUGCUAUGAUGCAUUCAAGGUGCUGGCCAAGAACUACUUGGAUGUUGAGUCUCAUCAUUUGUUUGGUGCAAUUGGGGGAUUGUUGGAAGAAACAGAUAUGUCCCCGGCUGAUGUUGCUGAGAAUCUGAUGCCAAAGUCUGUGGAUGAAGAUGUGGAGAUUUGCCUGCACAAAUUGAUUAAGGCUCUUGAAGAGGCCAAGGAGGAAAAAGCAAGGAAAAAGGCAGAAGAAGAAGAAGAAGCACGGUUGAAGGAGGAGAAAGUGAAGGAAGAGUCUACUCAGAUGGAGGAAAAACACAAAGGAAAAACUGGGGAGGAUGUGAAGGAAAAUGGUUUUCAUUGAGGGGAAAUGGAAAUGUUUCUAGGAAAAUAGCAAUCUGUUAUUGAGCCAACCAGUUAGAUUUGCUCUUAGUUGGUUGUUGCUGCAUUAUACUAUCACUACUAGGAUUUGGUCAUUUGCAAUAUGUAACAAUUUGCCCAAUGUAGUUUCUUGGCUAAAUAAAAGUUAAUUAACCUUGUAGUCUUGUGCAA